AUGACGGAAGAAAAUCAUAUAGAAGGAGCUUCAUAUCAAGAACAAAUACUAGAAUCCGCUAGAAGAAAUAAUACAGAGCUUUUAUUACAAAUUAAAUCAGAAUUAGGUAAUGAUCAAAUUAAAUUAUCAGAAUUAAUAAAUAAUACUAAUGAAUUAAUUACAAAUAAUACUCCAUUACAUAUUGCAUGUAAUUUAGGAAAUUGGGAAUUUAUAGAUAUUGUAUUAGAUAUAGAAGGAGUUGAAAUUGAUCCACAAAAUAGAAAUUUAGAAACUCCAUUACAUUUAGUAGUAAAAUAUACUUUAAAUGAACCAGAUCAUGGAUAUUUUAUAAUAGAUAAUUUAUUAGAUGCUGGAUCAGAUCCAAGGAUUAAAGAUAAAGAUGGUUUAAAACCAAUAAAUUAUGUUAAUCGAGAUAAUGAAAAAUUAAUACAAUUAUUAGAAAGUGCAGAAUAUGCUAUAUCAAUGGAACAAAAUCAAAAAGAUCAAUUAAGAGAAUUUGAAGAACAAGAAGAAAAAGAUGAUGGUUCAGCUUCUGAAUCUGAAUCUGACUGA